GGCAAAUGAAUCAAAAUCAUGGUAUGAAAAAUACUGUUAGGCGCUGGCGAUGUCAUAUCUGCUUGGAAAAAAAGAAGUACGCACUGAAACAUCGGGCUUCACAAGAAAACCGAAAACCUCUUUCACAGAAAUUUUAUCCUUUCGAUGAGCAACGAUAGCGCAAAGUUUUGCAGUUCAUUAGCAAUCAAUGGGAUUAGGUCCGAGAAACCACACCAACAAGACAUCUGUAGUUCCCAUGACUGCCGUCACUACUGCUGCAUGUGCAAAUACAGAGGAUGCUGCCGCGAUGGACGAAAUUGAUAUCAUUUCAUCCUUCUUCCUAUCCCUGCCCGACAAUUGCGCUUUAGCAUGCGCGUCUGUUUCAAAAAUGAACAAGGGUGCUACCAAUUCUGCCCCCUACCAGGGAAAGCAAUCGUCCGGCCCGACUGGAGCAACAAGUGGGAAGGCAAAAUGUCACCAGCAAAAGAUUAGUGCUCGAGAUGCCAAGAACGACUGGAACAAGAAGCAAAUGAAACCAAAAGGACAACGCAUUCCUUGGGCAUGGAUCUUGUCGUUUUCUUCGUCAUCUCAGAACCAUGCCAAAUCGUCCGCUAUGAAGUCGGCAGCGAAAUCCAAAGCAACAGCUGCUGCGAAUGCCACCGCGCACCAAAGAACAGUCAAACAUUCCCCCUCUUCCGAACGGUUGCAAAAAAAGCUGGAAAAAAUUUACAACCGCGAAAAGAAAAGAAACUUGGCCAAGAAGAAACGCGGCUGGCCACCGAUUUGGAAGAGAGAUAAUAAUAAUGGCACAAGAUCCGGGGAUAUCGACUGCUCGUUUUUGGUCGAUAGCUAUGGAUUUGAGGCGUGCCAUAUCGAAGUCUAAGAAGGGCUGUUCGAGGCUCGGAGGCAUGGACCAUAUGCAUCCACACAUUCGUAUUCCGCCCUGUAUUGUAGGUGAAUGGAAAUUGAAACAAUCCAUCCGAUCCAUUGAAGGCGACCGGGAAAGGCAUGCUGACGAAAUGAAAUUCGCAAAGAAGAGAAAAAUCUAUCUCAACCGAUGGCUACACCUCCAAAUUAGGGGAUAUCAGUAUCCAAUGCAUGUUGAAUGCAAGAGAAAAGAGAAAACGAGGUCAUUAGCACCACAUUAUUGCCAUCAUAUCAAUUGAUGCACAACGCAUCAGUAAAUCGCGCGAGUAGAGAAAUAGAUAAUUCUAAUGUCU